UUUUUCUCUACAUUAUGCAUCUGUGUAAGUUAUAUAAACAUGCCCUUAUAGGAUAAGUCUAUGAUUGGCUUAGCCGUAUUAAACAUAAUACGUGCAAGUGCGCAAUGAUUGUACAAUCCCGUGCUUCUGUGCGCUAGUCUUUUAUUUUCAAUAUGGCCAAAUAUACGAAAACAGUAGUCGUGCGUGCUAAAAAAUUGUGUUAAAAGUGUGAACAGUAUCGAGAUAUCGUGAACAAAAGAUACAGCGUACCACGUGAAACCCGCGUGCGCCUAACAAAAGACAAAGGACCUCGUGCUGGCGAAAGAUACACCUAGUUUUGCCUCAUUAUUUUUAUAUUUUGGCAUUUUUAUAAUUAUUAAUAAUGGUAAAAAAUUUCGCUGUCGUCACUUUUCCAAGCGAUGGGAAUAAUGAAGAAGAGAUCGUAUCAGAAGUUCCAUCUUUAUGGCUUUCUUCCAAUUUAACAGAAUGCUGGUGGCCAUCAGUAAAAAAUAUCAAUACCUUUAUUGUGAAACAAACACCACCUGUUAAUAAUGAUCCUAAAUGGACACUUCAUCCUAUCAAAUUUCAUGGACAUUAUGAUUCAUUAGAUGAGGCUAGACAGAGAGCAACGAAUUAUUCUUCAAGUGAUGAAAGUAAUACAAAUCAAAUAAAGAAGUCAUGCAUAAAACGGUCACUAAAUACUGUUUAUAACAAUGAAUCUGAAUCUGAUUCUGAUGACCCACGUUCAAUUAUACCAAAUCCACCAAAUCUUAAAGAUACAAAUGUUUCACAAUCAGAAAAAAAUAUUCAAUCAAUCUCAAAUAUUUUGGAUUCAACAAUUAUUAAUAAUAUUGAUAUGGAAAUUCUUGAUGGAACUAUAGUACCUCACAAAAGCAUACAGGAUGUAUAUACGUUAGUGUCAGGAAUGUCAGAUAAAAUGGAAGAUAAUUUUGAAAAAAUAUAUACAGCUAUAACUACAAUUUCAUUAAACAUACAAGAUAUUGAUACUCGUUUAAAAAACAUGGAAACACAACAUAACCAACAUAAGUCUAAAGCAUCUGCCAUGGAUACGUCAAAUAUACAAAAAUCUUUUCCGUUUAAGAACAUAAAUGAAGUAAUAGCUUUUGAAAACAGUUUAUCAGAAAAUACAGAUGAGUACAACAAAUUUAUGUUGUAUAUAUCUCGCAUAGGCGGAGGGUCCGCUAAGGAAAAUUUAAUACGUAUAUAUCGAACUAUAUUUUCGAAUGAAGUUGCCAAGGUUUCAUCCUGGAAGGGACUACGUAAUCAUUUUAAAAUAAGUAGUUUAAAAUCUAUGUUGACGGGAAUACAAGCAACAACUUUGGCUCAGUACCAAUUCACAAACAAAGAGUUUGAAGACAUCACGAAAGAAUGGUUUCGCCAAGGUGGUCAGAGGCUUAGCAGACAACAAAAAUACUCCGAAGAAGUAAAUCCGCAAGCUAUUUAAAUGUCUCAAAAGCUAAUCUUUUUUUUAUAUAAUUUUAUUAUAAUCUUUUUUUUAUUAGUUUAUGAGCUUCCGGCUCCUUGUUACUUUAUCUAACAAUUUUUUGAUAAGGUCUUUGAGGCUUCCGCGGUUAGAUUCUGUACGAGACUUGGCGUCCGGGAUGGAGCCGCGUUGAUUGACAAAAAUAGUUUAUUGCCGACGUUUCGUAAACAUUGCAGUUUACUUCAUCAGGGCGAAAGACAACCUGAUACUGGUUGCUUCCGUACAGGGUGUCAUUAUUUAUCCAGAACUGGAGUCAUUGUUGCGUGACGUUUCAGUUAGGUGAAGUUGACCAAUUGAGUGACUGUUUUAAUUGAUUGACUAAUCAACCAACGCGGCUCCAUCCCAGAGACCGUCUCAUACAAUUUUUUUAAUUACAAAAAGUAUAAUUGCUUUAUUGUUAUUUAUCAAAUAAAAAUCGAAUUGCGUUUCCAUUUUUGUUUAAAUUAGAUUUACUCUAACGGUACACACUUAUGUAUUUUUAACAGAUGUGUUAUAAUUAACGAAUUAUAUAUGACUCUCAAAGAUUCUUACAAAUUGUGUUG